AUGAUGUCGGCUCCUCCAAGUUACUCCAAGCUGCCCCCUCCCCAGUACCUGCAGUCCCCCAGUGUCUGUUGCAUCACCCUCAACGAAGGCGACAAGCUUCGACUCAUCGGCGUCCCCAACGAACUCGUCCCUCACAUUCGCGCAGGAAUUAUGCGCAGCUGGGGCAAGAUCCAGCGGGAACAAAACUACUCGGGCGCGCACGAGUUCAAGAUGGUGGGAAACCCCUGGUACGGAUAUGGAGACGACCAUGUCCCCGCUCGCCGGUUGGUUGUCGAGGUUGUCAAGACUAUGGCCAUGCAGGGGUGGAAUUUGGUCCAGAGUGCUGAUGUGUCCAAGAAGGAAUUGGAUAAGGACUCGUUGUUCUUUGAGACGGUCGAUCCGAACAGUAUCGUGGGCACCGACUUGAUGCAGGUGGAUAUGUUUUCUAUCAGCUUUGGGUCCAGGGAUAAGCUGAGGGUUAUUGACCCCCCCUCACCGGAUAUUGUUGGUGUUGUUCGACAGGCCAUCAAGGGUCAAUGGACAUCUGGUCGCGAGGAGGAAAUAAAGGGGGUGUCCAUGUUCAAGUUGAACGGCUACCCUUGGUACCCUCAUGCGGAAGAAACAGUCUACUCCCGCAUGAUGCUCUCUCAAGUCCUGGCGAAUUUGCGUGCGUUGGGCUAUAAGCUGUAUACCUCUGUCGACAUCAGUGCUGGUAAUUCAGACGGCAACGAUGCCGAGUCCUGGAUCUUCCGUCGAGUCGGAAACGCCUGGUCCUAA